AGAAGGAAGAGGCGAAGGAAGGGAACCGGGUCCCCGCGCCAGGUCCUUCAGCCAGAGCUUUUUCCAUGUGGAGACUCUUUCAAUGGAUGUGUCCCCGCGUGCUUCUUAGACGAUCUGCGGUCUCCUAAAGGUCGACCAUGGUGGCCGGGACCCGCUGUCUUCUAGCGUUGCUGCUUCCCCAGGUCCUCCUGGGCGGCGCGGCCGGCCUCAUUCCCGAGCUGGGCCGGAGGAAGUUCGCGGCGUCUGCUGGCCGCUCCUCAUCCCAGCCUUCGGACGAAGUCCUGAGCGAGUUCGAGUUGCGGCUGCUCAGCAUGUUCGGCCUGAAGCAGAGACCCACCCCCAGCAGGGACGCCGUGGUGCCCCCCUACAUGCUGGACUUGUACCGCCAGCACUCGGGCCAACCCGGUGCGCCCGCCCCGGACCACCGGCUGGAGAGGGCAGCCAGCCUCGCCAACACAGUGCGCAGCUUUCACCACGAAGAAUCUUUGGAAGAACUGCCGGAAAUGAGUGGGAAAACAACCCGGCGAUUCUUCUUUAAUUUAACUUCUAUCCCCACUGAGGAGUUUAUCACCUCAGCAGAACUUCAGGUCUUUCGGAAACAUAUGCCCGAAGCUUUGGAAAACAAUAGCAGUUUCCAUCACCGAAUUAAUAUUUAUGAAAUUAUAAAACCUGCCACAGCUAACUCCAAGUUCCCUGUGACCAGACUUUUGGACACCAGGUUGGUGACUCAGAAUGCCAGUAGGUGGGAGAGCUUCGAUGUCACCCCCGCCGUGAUGAGGUGGACCGCCCAGGGGCUCACCAACCAUGGGUUCGUGGUGGAGGUAGCCCACCCAGAGGACAGCCAUGGGGCCUCCAAGAGGCAUGUGCGGAUUAGCAGGUCUUUGCACCAAGAUGAGCACAGCUGGUCACAGAUAAGGCCCUUGCUUGUCACUUUUGGCCACGAUGGGAAAGGACACCCUCUCCACAGAAGAGAAAAGCGGCAAGCAAAACACAAACAGCGGAAACGCCUCAAGUCCAGCUGUAAGAGACACCCUUUAUACGUGGACUUCAGUGAUGUGGGGUGGAAUGACUGGAUCGUUGCGCCGCCUGGGUAUCAUGCCUUUUACUGCCACGGGGAGUGCCCUUUUCCCCUGGCUGAUCACCUGAACUCCACGAAUCAUGCCAUUGUCCAAACUUUGGUCAACUCAGUUAACUCUAAGAUUCCCAAGGCAUGCUGUGUCCCAACAGAGCUCAGCGCUAUCUCCAUGCUGUACCUUGAUGAGAAUGAGAAGGUGGUAUUAAAGAACUAUCAGGACAUGGUUGUCGAGGGUUGUGGGUGUCGUUAGCACAG